AUGAUUUGUUGCACCCUGCUUACCUUUUUCUUUGCACUAAGUUACUCAUUAUAUUGGUGCCAAAGUGGAGAAGAUAAGGUGGAGUGCUUUUCAAAAGUCCAGUAUCAAUGUACUAGUGAUAAUUUCUUUUUUGAGAACAACACACUCUUUGUGAGUAAAGUGACUCACCCGACUAUUAAGUGUAAUUUAGUUGAAAAUUUCAAAGUGUCUGUAUCAGACGAUGUUAUGAGUUUAAAUGGGUGUUCUCUUUGCUCCCCUGGUUAUCAAAUUGUGCGCUGUAACACCACUGAUUUUUAUUGUUCACGAGAAUCAGACUCUUUUCGGUCGACUUGUUCCAUUAUUUGUGACUCCUAUAAUUCUCUUGUGUUAUCAGAUUCUUCUUUUAAUUGUUGCGGUACAAAUUGUGUUACCGAGUCCUGCGUUUUGUCGUCAUAUAAAUUUUCAACGUGCUCUUCUUGUAAGUCAAAUUACCACAUGAACUCCAACAUUUGUGUUCCAACAUGUUACUCUGGAAAUUGCAAAUAUUGUUCUCCAACAAAUCCAAACACGUGUUUAGAAUGUUACAUUGGGUUUUUCUUAGAAGGGACUUCGUGUAAUACAUGUAGUGCAAUGUCGAAUUGUAUGCAAUGUGAUCACUUCGUCAAAAAUUGUACCCAAUGUUCAACAAACUAUUAUUUAUCUAAAUUUAGUGAUCAUUAUGAGUGUACUAUGUGUCACUAUGCAUGUAAAGUCUGCUCUAAUUAUAUUGGAUGUACUCAAUGUUUGGCGGGGUACUAUUUAAAUGCUGGACAAUGUGUGCAAUGUGAUUGGUCAUGUGGAGGUGCAUGUGCAGAUGUCACUGGUAUAUGUACUAACUGUUCAAGCAACUUAGUCUUCUCCAACCCUAAAAGUAAGUCGUGUAUUCAGUGUAGAGAUUUUGAUAACAAUUGUGGUCAGUGUUAUCCAAAUGGUGAACGGAAAUGCUAUGAGUGUCAAAGUGCAUUUUAUCCAACUACCAAUGGGAAGUGUACAUCAUGUGAUCAAAGUUGUGCGUAUGGGAAGUGCAACAGUGUAACUGGAAUUUGCAGUGAGUGUGCGAGUGGAUAUACUAAAAAUAUCAGUGACAGUAUUUCAUGUGUAAGUUGCACCGAUUUUGAUGACAAAUGUGAAGUGUGUUCUACAUCCAUUCGGAAGUGUAAUCAAUGCACUUCCGGUCUUUUCCCAAGUACUUUAUCUCCGUUUAAAUGUGUUGAAUGCGAUAAAACGUGUCUUGGAAUGUGCGAUUCGACAACUUCACAUUGUUAUUCAUGUGUGGAUGAGUAUGUCCUCAGACUCAAAAAUUCAACUACCUGCGAAUUAUGUCAGAACUUCGACCAAAACUGUUUACAAUGUGACGUCAAUGGAAAUAGAAAAUGCGUUCAAUGUGAAACAAAUUAUUAUGUUGAUACAAAUGGAAGAUGUUCUUCAUGUGGAGAACACUGUUCUAAAUGUGGUUCUUUAACAGGAGAAUGCAUUGAAUGUGAUGAAAAUUACAUAUAUAGUGAAACUGAUAAUAGAAUGUGUGAACUUUGUAACACAUUUGAUACAAAUUGUAUUUCAUGUUCAAGAAAUUCAAGUCGAAUAUGUGAGAAUUGUAUAAAAGGAAUGUAUCCGGAAACAAGCAGUGGGAAGUGUGUUAAUUGUGGAAUAAACUGUUUUGAUUGUAAUACAACGAAUGGAAUAUGUUUGAUCUGUGAAAGUGGCUUCACAUUGAAAAAACCCAAAAAUUUGGAAUGUGAGUUAUGCGUACAUUUUGAUGAAAAUUGUGAUGUUUGCUCAACUAGUGAAAGAAAGUGUAUUGUGUGUAAAACUGGGUUUUAUCCCGAUUCAAAUGGUGUGUGUUUUCGUUGUGAUUUAAAUUUAAAUUGUCUUGAAUGUGACAGUAAAAAUGGGACUUGCACAAAAUGUGUUACAAACACUAUUUUUACGACUCCAAAAGGUCCGAAUUGUGUUAAUUGCAAUACAAUAAUGUCACAUUGUGUAAAAUGUUCUUCUGAUUUUACAGAGAAAUGUGUUGAGUGUGAUGAUGGCUUUUAUCCCAACAAAAGUGGUACAUGUAUUGAAUGUGACUACACUUGUGACAACAAAUGUGAAUCUACCACUGGGGUAUGUAAGAGUUGUCAAAGCAAUUUUGUGUUCACAAAAAUAGAAUCAACAAAGUGUGACAAUUGUUCACUUUUUGACACAAAUUGUGUUUUGUGUUCAACUUCAUUUGACAGAAAGUGUAUUGAGUGCCAAGAAGGAAAAUAUCCCAAAUUAAAUAAAAAUGAAACUACAUGUAGUGAUUGUGACUCAACUUGUAACAGUAAAUGUGAUACAAGAAAUGGUUAUUGUACUGGAUGUCAGACCAAUUAUGUGUUGUAUGAAAUAAGCAGCUUGAAGUGUCAAAGUUGUUCUUCUUUUGAUUUAAAUUGUCUAAAUUGUUCAUUGGAUUACACAAGAAAUUGUGUUGUAUGUAAACCCGGGUAUUAUGUUGUAAAUGGGAAGUGCAAGCCAUGUGAUUUGACAUGUGGUGGAAGUUGCGACACAAACACUGGUUUUUGUACUUCAUGUGCAACUAACAAAGUAUUUUCAUUAACAAAUAAAAGUAUUUGUAUCGAUUGCAAUCAAUUGGACCAAAAUUGCGUGACAUGUGCAGCAAAUGGUAUAAGACAGUGUGUCACAUGCACAAAUGGAAAGUAUGCAAAUUCUGAAGGACAAUGUGCCGAUUGUUCUUCAGAAUGUGGAGAACUGUGUGAUGGCACAACCGGGAAGUGUACAGCAUGUACUUACAACAAAGUAUUAAAAAACAAUGACUCCGGAGAGUGUGAAGAGUGCACAGAAUUUGACUUAAAUUGUAUAACGUGUGCCACAGACGCUUCAAGAAAUUGUAUUCUGUGUAACACAGGUUAUUAUCCAGUGAAUAACAAUAACACCAAGAAAUGUCAAAUGUGUGAUAUAACAUGUGGAGGAUAUUGUAAUACCGAAAAUGGUAUUUGUACUGGGUGUUUAGAAAAUUACAUUUUCAUAUCAAAUACAAGUAAAACGUGUCAGAGCUGCAAUUCGUUUGAUAAAAACUGUAACACGUGUUCACCUUUAUUUGAAAAGAAGUGCGUGAAGUGUGGAAUUGGAUAUUAUGUUGAAGAAAAUGGAAGUUGUUCGCAAUGUUUUUCAAUAAAUGGAAAUUGUUUGAAAUGUAGCCAAACAGAGAAGAAAUGUCAACAAUGUAAAGACCCUUUUCAUAUCAAUUUAGAAGGGAAGUGUGUUGAAUGUGACGAAGGUGAAUAUAAAAUCAGUGAAUAUGAAUGUUCCAAUUGCUUCAAAAGUGUUCCAAAUUGUAAGAAAUGCACUUCCUUAUCUGUUGGUAAAACAAGAUGUGUUGAGUGCUUUGAGCCAUACACAACAGAUGACAAUGGAAACUGUGUGAGUUGUGGAGAGAGUAAAUAUUACAACAAUAAAACACUAAAUUGUGAACAAAAUAAUGUUACAUGUUUCAGACAAAUAUCAAAAGAAAAGUGUUUAAAAUGUAAUGAAAAUAACUUUUUGAGUGAUGGUGUUUGUAUUAAAACAACUCAAUGUGAUAAUUUUUCAAAUAUUACAACGACUUCUUGUGAUUGUUAUAACCAACUUUCAAUCAACUCCGAUUGCCAAUCAAUUGGAUCAAACUGUAAAUAUCAAAAAGUUGUAAAAAGUCUUUCUAUUUGUGUCAAUUGCAACGACAACUUCACAAAUGUGAAUGGAAAUUGUAUUUCAAAUAAAAACAAUCAAGAAUUAAUAAGGAAUGGUAAUAUAUUUCAAUGUUAUAAUAAUAUGAAUGUGGGGUAUAAUAACAGUUGUGUCAAAUGUAAUGAAUAUAAUGAAGUUUGUGUGACAAAUAACAAUAUUGAAAAUGCGCUCAAAUGUAAAUAUGAAGCAAUUUAUGGAACUGUGAACUCAAAAUGUAGUUUGGAUGAGAAUUGUGAAUUGGUGAAAUCUGGAUUUUGUAAUAAGUGCAAAUCAACAAACAAAGAAUUAGUAAAAGGAAAAUGCUCUGGAUGCAAAACAACAAAUUGUGAAAAUUGUGAAGGUGGAAAAUGCAAAAGGUGUUCUGUUGGAUAUUUAUAUUAUAAAGAAAAUUGGUGUAUUUCAUCAAACAAUGUGAAAUGCACCAAAGCAAAUAGAAUCGGGUGUGUUGUAUGUAGUGAGGGGUAUUACCAGACAGACGCAAAGAAUGUAGAAGACAAGUACGAUUACUGUGUUCCAAUAGAAUCCACAACAGUCACAAAUUGCAAGAGAUACAGUGCAAAGAACAACAAAUGUGUAGAAUGUCUUGAUGCAUUCAAAUUGAAGGGUGGAAUUUGUGCCGAGACAUUUGAUGAAGACGACAAACUCAAAACAAACACAAAAACAGCAACAGAGACUUCCUGUCAAAUCAGAAACAACAAAGGAUGCCAACACUGCGCUGAUGGGUAUUACAACAUCAACAACGAGUGUGUUCAAUGCCAAAACGACUGCUUAACUUGUUACAACACAACUUAUUGCACUUCUUGCAAAGAUGGCUUUUAUCUGAGUGCUGACAUGACAUGCAAAUCACUUGGUGCAUUACAAGAAAGUUGUAACAUUGCAUUGCCUGGUGGAGGUGGAUGUGCGAUCUGUAACAGUGGGUAUUAUCGAGAGGGUAUCAGCUGUACACAAUGUGAUGAGUCGUGUGCACUUUGUGUGAACAGUUACGAGUGUCUUGCAUGCAAAGACGGCUAUUUCAACAUCCCAAGUGAAGGCAAAUUGUGUGAAUCAAAUACAACACUCACAAAUUGUGGGUUAUCAUCGUCGUCUGGAUGUGAGAGGUGUGUGUCUGGUCAUUUCUUAUCAAAUUACAAGUGUUAUGAAUGUUCUUCAAAUUGCACAUCAUGUGAGAGUGAAAGUGUGUGUACAAUAUGUAACGAGAGAGAAUAUGUGUUGGUUGACUCACAAUGUCUUUAUUUCACAAAAGUUGAAUUCUGUGUGUCAGCUCUAAAUUCAAAGUGUGUGAAGUGUGAAGGAAAUCAUAAAGCUUCAGACGACGGUGACAGUUGUGUUGAUUCAGUCAAACUUGGUGUUGUGAUUGGCAUUCCAAUUUCUGUUCUAAUAUUAAUUAAAAUUGUAGUAUCAACUAUAAUAGUAACUAUUAUUAUAUUAAUUCUUCACAAUAAAGAAGAGGAAAAAUAUCAUAAUAUUUGUGUUUUCAAAAUGUCUCGUUCGAACAUUGCAAUGAUAUCCAUCAACAAAGUGUUGUGUUGUAAUAAAACAACAAUUUGUUUUAACACAGAAGAAGAUGAUUAUAUUCCAGUCGAUGAAGAAUCUCGCGACUUGAUAUGUAUUGGAAACAAAUCAAAACACCAUUUAAAAGUGCAAUUUAGUGUUAUAGAAGGGUGUGAUUGUUAUGAAAUACGAACAGUGCCUUCAAUAGUAACACUAAAGAAAGGAGAAGCGUGUGAGUUUGAGAUAUUCAUCAAGCCCUUGUGCUCGUGUAAAAUCAAAGAAAAUGUGUUGGUUAUUGGUCUUGAUUUGGUAAAUGAUAUCCAAUACACUGAGAAAUUAAAUAUAGAGACGACAACAGUCCAGUCAACUAAAUUGAAUUAUCGAGAAUUAGAAGAAGACAUUAAAAUAGGAGAAGGCUCUUUUGGAAUUGUAUACAAAGGAAUAUACAGAGGGAGUGAAGUAGCAAUUAAAAAGCUCAAAAGUCUGAAUGCUACUAAAGAGGCAGUUGAAGAAUUUGAGAAUGAAGUAACGAUGUUAGACAAGUUUAGAAGUGAGUUUAUCAUCCACUUCUAUGGCGCUUGUUUUAUUCCUGAACACAUAUGCAUGGUCACCGAAUUUGCUUUAUACGGGUCUUUGAGAGAUUUGAUGAAACACCAAAAGUCUAAUGAGAUUAGAUUAAAAAUUAAAAUGAAAAUCAUAAUAGAUACUUCUAAAGGGAUAUUAUAUUUGCAUGAGAAUGGGAUACUACACAGAGACAUUAAACCAGACAACAUACUUGUCGUUUCAUUGGAAAAUGAGAUGAAUGUCAAUGGGAAGCUGACUGAUUUUGGAAGCAGUCGAAACAUCAAUUUACUCACAACUAACAUGACUUUCACAAAGGGUAUUGGAACACCAGUUUAUAUGUCAGAGGAAGUCUUAAAAAAGGAAAAAUACAAAAAGCCGGCUGAUAUCUACUCGUUGGCUAUUACAAUGUAUGAAAUGUUUAUUUGGGGUGAUAUCUUUCCAAAGAACGAAUUCAAGUUUGCGUGGAUUAUUGCAGAUUUUGUUUCUUCUGGAAAAAGAAAGGAAAAGCCUAUUGAUAUGGAUCAACAAUUGUUUGAAUUGAUACAGAAGACGUGGGCAUCGAAACCCGAAGACAGACCAACUAUAGAUAAGGUCAUUGAUGAUUUGCAAAAAUAUUACAUUAUUUGUUAA